GUCUGUGCUGGCAGAGCAGGGUUGCAGUCAUGCACGUUGACACUGUCUUCCUUCUGUGUCCUCUCAUUUUUGCAGCAGCAGCCUUGUGGAGGAGGGUCCAGGCUGUGUCCCCUGUGCCCUCAGUCCCUGCACAUGUCCAAGCACUGGUGGGCUCCUGUGUGGUGGUCCCCUGCACUUUCACCCCUCAAACUCCUUACCCUCUCAGGGGGAGGAAGAGGGUGGACGUUCGGAUUAUGUUCAGAGGUGGUGGACACAUCUUUCCACUCCGCAGCACAGCUUUUAACAGCGAGGACAGAGAUCAAGUGAGUCGGGAUUUCCAAGGCCGGGCGUCUCUCUUUGGGCGAUUUGCAGAUGGAGACUGCUCAGUGAAGAUCGAAAGGAUCAGCCGGGACGACUCCCGGGAGUUUGAGAUGGCUCUGAAGAGAGGGGACGAGUUACUUUGGGGGAAGCCAAGGAGCUUCAGUCUGGAUGUUGUGGACACCCCUGAGGCUCCUGUCAUCAGCGGCAUGUUGUCAGCCACAGAGGGGCAGCUGGUCACGCUGAACUGCUCCGUCAGAUACUCCUGUCCCUCCAGACCCCCGACCCUUCGCUGGAGCUGGGAGAGAGGAAACUGGCCCAACGGCACUGAGCCCGCGGGGGUGCAGACGCUCCACCCCGAGCCCCACAGGCCGAUGUUACUCUCCACUCUGUCUUUCACUGCGUCACACAAGGUGAAACCCAGGCUGAGAUGUGAAGCCAGCUACCCAGGAGCCAGAGCAUUAUCCAUGUCAAAGGAUCUGCAUGUGACCUUUUCACCCAAAGAUGUAGUAAUUCAGAUCCAGACCUUGGUGGUGCAGGAGGGGGGCAACGCCUUCUUGGUCUGCUCGUGUAAAGCCGACCCUCCGGUGUCAGAGUACCGCUGGUCCUACAGUCAGCACGGCCGCACGGUGCACCUCCACCAUCGCACACACACAAUCCGGGUGUUCAACGUGACCCGGGACAUGAGGGUCCGCUGCUUAGUUCAAAACCAGAUUGGUCGAGGAGAGUCCAAGCCCACGCCGCUGAACAUACAAUAUAAACCAGUGAUCCUCCGGCUCUCCUCCACCUGUGUUUUGGAGGAUCAGGAGGUGCUGUGUCACUGUUCAGUCGACUCCAAACCCAAACCGGCCAUCACCUGGAGCGUGAAUGGUACUGUUCCCCCUCGUGAUUACAAUGGGUCCGUAACAUCUGAGCCUGGCGCGCUUACAGCCACUCUGAGGGGCCACAUGGACAAACCUCUGACUGUCAUCUGCUUUGCUUUCAACGCACUGGGAAAUGACUCCCUGUUGGUGCUGCAGGGAGAAGAAGAGACAACCUUUUUGAUGUGGCUGGUGAUACCUGCUGUGUCCAUCUGCCUGGUCUUAUUCCUUCUGUCUCUUUCUUUCUACUGCUGCCGAAAGAGAUCUGAAAAACAUGUUCUGAAAAGACUCCCAGCUGUGUACCCUGAAGGAAUGGGGAUUUAUCAGGAUCAGAUGCCCCUCUACAUUAACUGUACGGAAGUGACUCAUAUCUACACCAACGGCAGCUACCAACUUGUAUACCAAAACUGCACACCUAAUUUUGUCCAUACGAAGCAGAUCCAUCCAAUAGGCAGGAGAGGUGGGGAGAGAAGACGAAUAGGAGAGGGUGGAGGCAUCGACAGACGAGAAGGUUUAGGAGUCAGAGGCACAAGGGAGGUGCAGAGUAAUGUGGCCGAUGGAGAGACGGCCAUUUACUUGGAGAUCAUUUAAACUCACUGUGGAUAAGUCACAGGAUCAACCUGAUACAUUGAACUCAUUACACUUAUUUUUUCUUACACUGAUGGUAAUGCAUUGUUUAUGUAUAUUUCAGUUAUUGUAAAUAUCGUACAUCCAUACAUACAUUUUACGAUAUCUUCAAUGUUAGUCUCUCGUAAUCUCCAAAUUGAACAAAUGAAGUGUCUUCAGUCUUUGUCUGUAACCUGCGUCUGUGCUAUUUUUUUUAUAAACGAAGAAAAGUUUUUAUUUUAAAUUACAGGCCCUCAUAUUUGAUUUGGUCUUACCGUUCUACUGCUCUAAUUAUUCACAACAGUUGCCGCAUGUCUAACACAAAGUGUUCCUCAGGUGAUAUUUUGGAGUUCCUCUAGAGGGAGAAAGACCGAUGAAGCUCAACCUGUAAUGCAGUUUCCAACAUUUAUUACAUUAAUGAGAAAGUGUUUCCUAGUGCUCAUGAGAGAAUAUGCCUCACCAAAAGCAGACAUGUCAUUACAGGAAAAGCCCAGGAGUAAUUUAUAACAAGAACAAUGGCUCUGUUCUAUUAAGUUUCUCAGUAGGGGUUGCCAGUGUGAAGAAAGCUCUACAGCAGCGGUACCAACCUUUUUCAACUCAGUGCCCACUUAAGAAUACAAAUGUCGUGACCCACAUUCAACCAUAAACAAUACGGAGGCUAAAUAAAGUUCUAAUUAGUCAAUUCAGAACAUGUGACACGUUGUAAAUCCAGUAGAACAGACCACU